UCAUCGUCAUCAUUGAAUCAACAAAUAAAAAAAAGCCAGCCAACCAGCCAAUUUUUUUUCUCUUUUUCUCUUAUAUACAACAAACCAGAUCAAUUUCUUUUACCGAAAAUAUAUAUAAAAUAAAAUAUAUAAUAAUAUAUAAUAACCACAACAACCAACAAAAAUGAAUGAAUUAGACAGUUUACGUCAAGAAGCUGAAACAUUAAAAAAUGCAAUCAGAGAUGCACGUAAGGCCGCAUGUGAUACCUCAUUGGUACAGGCCAACACAAACAUGGAACCAGUUGGUCGUAUACAAAUGCGUACCAGAAGAACAUUACGUGGCCAUUUGGCUAAAAUAUAUGCGAUGCAUUGGGGAUCUGAUUCAAGAUAUCUGGUCUCUGCAUCACAAGAUGGCAAAUUAAUAGUUUGGGAUGCCUAUACAACCAAUAAAGUACAUGCAAUUCCAUUAAGAUCUAGUUGGGUUAUGACAUGUGCAUAUGCACCAUCCGGUUCCUAUGUUGCUUGCGGUGGUCUCGAUAACAUUUGUUCAAUCUACAGUCUUAAAACUCGUGAAGGAAAUGUACGAGUUAGCCGUGAACUGCCUGGCCAUACUGGCUAUCUUUCAUGUUGUCGAUUUCUUGAUGAUAACCAAAUUGUCACUAGCUCUGGCGAUAUGACAUGCGCUCUUUGGGAUAUCGAAACCGGUCAACAAUGUACUUCAUUCACUGGCCAUACAGGUGACGUAAUGUCAUUAUCACUUGCACCUGAUAUGCGAACAUUUGUAUCUGGUGCUUGUGAUGCAUCAGCUAAGCUUUGGGAUAUUCGUGACGGAAUGUGUAAGCAAACAUUUCCCGGUCAUGAAUCUGAUAUAAAUGCCGUCACUUUUUUCCCGAACGGUUAUGCAUUUGCAACCGGUUCCGAUGAUGCAACAUGUCGUCUAUUCGAUAUACGAGCCGAUCAAGAGCUUGCCAUGUAUUCACAUGAUAAUAUUAUCUGCGGAAUCACAUCAGUUGCUUUCUCAAAAUCUGGUCGUCUAUUAUUAGCUGGUUAUGAUGAUUUCAAUUGUAAUGUUUGGGAUUCAAUGAAAGCUGAACGUGCCGGUGUUCUAGCUGGACAUGAUAAUAGAGUAUCAUGUUUAGGUGUUACCGAAGAUGGUAUGGCCGUAGCAACCGGAUCAUGGGAUAGUUUCCUGAAAAUAUGGAACUGAGUAUUAUUCACCAAAUAAACACACAUACAUACACAUCUCUCUCUCUUUCUCUUUACUUGUCUCUCUUUCUCUCUCUCUCUCUCUCUAUUCUCUUUCUUAUUGAAUUACCAUUAUAAUUAUUAUAUACGAAUAUACUAUUGGACCACAUGACACACACACACAUACACCACAUUACCACAUUUGAUCUAUUAUAAAAUUGAUUCAAUGAAUGUUUUUGAAAAAAAAACAGAAGUGGAAAUGAAACAGCAACAACAACAACAACAACAAUUGCUACUAUUACUACUACCAAUUACGCAUCAACCACACCUACCCAACCUCACCAUCGUCGCCGCCAUCGCCUGCUAUCUUCCUGAAAUGAAAAUCAUCAUCAGCAUCAUUUAUAAUUCAUCAGAAGAAAAA